AUGGAGACCAUUCGGAAGAUCCAGAAUCCCAUUCCGACGGCGAUGCUACAGCCAUCUAAGUGGCUGCCUCUCUAUGAAGACUUUGUUACCAAGAAUGCUAGCUCUGUUGGGCAGGUCGAGUCCGCUCUGAGGUCCUUAACCUACAUCAUCCCAGGUCGAUAUCGUGAAUCAGAAGUCGCUUCAGAAUGUGGUAAGUCAAAGCCCCCCGCAACGACGUAUCUGCAAGGAAAUGUGCCUGACAACCAUACAGUGCACUCCGGUGUACAGCUUCUAUCGUUAUACCAUGAUUCUCUAGUUUCGCGAGUUGUCUCUCAACUCCCAUCAACUGUUCCCAAGCAGCCACUGACCCCCCAUACUCGAUACACGAAGUACUGGACGUCGCGCUCCUCUCUAUAUCACCGAGUCGCUGUCGCGCUUCAGAUGCUCCAAUACACCGAGCUUUUAUGGGAGAUGUCAGCACGCCGACGAGGCCAGAAAACGAGAUGGCGCAUUGUUGUAUUCAUUGAAUUUGCGAAAGCAAUCUGCCGGCUACUUCUUCUUCGCCUGACCAAUUCCCGCCCGCUGGUAAGCCCCCCGUUGCCCGAGCGGGAGGUGGAUCCACGUACAACGGAGAAGGAGGACCAAGAGGACUGGAAUGGCAUGGAGACGCCAAUCAGUGAAAGAUCCUCAGACCUUAGCUGGACCAUGCCUCGUACAGGAUUGUCCCUCCCAUCUCUUCCAGAUGCCAACGACGUCUCAAAUUAUCUCAUCUCAAAAGUACUCACUGCAGAUGAUAUCAAGCCCCCUAAAACGCUACUACACCGUGUCACUGGACAAGGUCAAUUGGCAGAGGUUCUCUAUAUUCUACGACCCGUUGUGUAUGCUCUGGCGAUGCAGCGGUGGGGUCGUGACAAGCGGAGUUGGCGACCAUGGCUAAUUGGCUUCGGAAUGGAAUACGGCUGUCGCCAACUUGCCAAGCGAGACUUCCGUGAACGAGUUGCUGGUGGUCUUCGUGGUCUCACAGGCCUCGAACGAGAGGAGUUGCGAAAGCGUGGAUGGUCAAUGGGAUGGUGGUUGAUGCGUGGCGCCUUCUAUGAGAAUAUUACCAAGUACAUAACCCAACUCACCUUUUUCUAUCAUCACGAAGCUAACAUUACACACAGAUCAUGGCUGCACAGUCUAACUAAUAAAAUGAAGGGAAAACCACUACUCGACUUGGUUGGUAGCGUGGUAGAGGACUACGAAUAUCUUUGGGACAACUACUACUUCUCAACUGCCACUUUAUGA